GUGGACUUGAGGGCUUUGUCAAUCAGUGAUAUACCGCUCUGUGGUUUGAGCUGCCUGUUCCUCACUGUGCCACCCGCUGGCUGCACUCUUGACAAUUAUGACUGUCAGUGCCAGAAUGCCGAACUCGCACACACACUUUCGGCCUGCAUGCUGGCCAAUUGCACCAUGGCCGACACCCUGAACACAGCGAAAGUGCAACAGGAUAUCUGUCACCUCUCUAAUGAGUCUAAGCAAAACGAUGUCUACAUCUAUACAAUCGCUUGCUACACGAUCGCCGUAACCUUUGUGCUCCUGAGGGUUAUUGGGAGAAUAAUGACUCGGAGAUUCGCUCUUGACGACUACAUCGUGGUCAUAGCACUGCUUUUUACCACAGUUCCUUUGGGACUAGUGCUCAAAAUGGCUGGAGUAGGCUUUGGCGAACAUCUCUGGAAUCUCCAAGAAGGGCAACUACUCCAGAACCUUCAACUCUUCUAUGUGGCAUGGGUAACCUACACGUUUGUCCUUGGACUCACCAAAAUAUCCCUGGCAUUGUUAUACAGAGAGGUCUUCCCGUCGCCAGGCGCUCAGCUGGGAUCCUUGGUGCUCCUGGGUUGGAUUGCCAUCAACACUUUGAUUCUCAUCUUCCUCACAAUCUUCAAUUGUAACCCCGUAAACGCAUUCUGGGAUCGCGAUAUCAAGACCGCCAAGUGCACGGACAUCAAUGCCAUCGCAUACGCAAACAGUGCAUCGGCGAUUGCUCAGGAUGUUGCUUUGCUUAUUUUUCCUUUGGCAUGCAUUCGGACGCUGAAUAUGACGAGAUGGCGCAAAAUAAUGGUGAGCAUCAUGUUCGCUAUUGGAACACUUGGGUGCGUAGCCACGAUAGUCCGCCUACACACAAUCCUAGCCUUUAAGACCACAAUCGAUCCCACUUGGGACUACGUUCCCAUAACCAUAUGGACAGAAAUCGAGCUUGCUUGCUGUUUCGCUUGCCUCUCCUUGCCUGCAAUCCGCAUGUUGCUUGGACGCAUCCUACCC